AUUAUCCAGGAUUGGCUGUUUCAAAAAAUAUACAUGUUUUUUUUUGUGUUUUAGCUCGCUUUGCCAGUGGGAAGUUAUGUUCCCUGGAAAUGAAGAAGUAAUGAGAGAUCCAGGAAUGUGUCAAGUGUCAUGUCGGCACACAUCAGCUCUUUCAAACAGAUUGAAGAACACAUGUUCCCUUGUUAGAUGUGGAGUCUGGCUGCAGAUCCUGAUGGUGAUUGUGUUGGCAGACCAAGCUUCAAAUCACACCUCUGCUGCUCGUUCAACUCUUCUGAAUCAUUCAACAGUUGCACCUACUUCAGCGUACUACUUUACUGACAUCACGAUUGAAGUCACUGGACAGAAGACAAAUGAAUCUGAAAUUAUUGAAUGGCUUGCACAGGUGUUCCAGAACAAGCUGGAAUCCUGUUUGUUUUCAAACCCAGGAGAAAAAACUGCUGCACCCACAACUUCCCUAACAACAACUGCAAGUACUGCAAAUGUGACAGCACAAGUGACAACAGUACAACCAAUUUAUAACAUCACAACAACUUCAGAGACUACGCCACUACAACACUUUAAUUAUACUACAGAACCUAAAUGGAACUACACACCAACAGAUGGAAUAUCAACAACAAAAGCGACCAACACCUCAGCGACAACAUUCAAAGGGAAUUACACGACAGCUGCGGCAUCAACAACAAUAAAAGCCAACAACACAACAAAAGCUGCAAUAAUGACAUUAAAACGGAACUACACAACAGCUGCAGCAUCAACAUCAUUGACAGGGAGCAGCACAACCAAAGCUGCCACAAAUGACAUGAACUUGACAGCUACAGCUCAGAACUACAGCAGGACAGGCAGUUCCAUUAACAGCAAUAAUACAGAGACAUUCCCAAGUUCAAAUCUUUCAAGGAAGAAACGGGGGUCUCGGGAAGUUGAUGCCAAUGUGAAACAAAGCAGCAACGUAACACAAACUUCACUAUUUCAAGGAAUGGAGGUGUCAUGCUCUGUCAGAACUGCAAUAAGAAAUACAAAGUGCGCUGUGACACUGCGGCUAAACCAAACAGUUCCACCAUGUUGUAUUCUCCGCACUCUCUGCGCAGCCAGUAAAAACUCCACCAACAUCUUUGCGGUGGGAAAUAAAGCAGACAGACUACGUAUGCUUGAACAUGAGUGCAACAUUAAUCCAGAGGAGGAAAACAGCUGCACUUAUUCUGGUCCACUGGGUGCAAAUUGUGAAGACUCUGGAGCCGCAUAUGUGGUUUCACAAAACAAUUCAUCCGUCUGUAGUGCAAAAAACUGCAGCUGCUCCACUUUCUGCAAUCAAUCUGAUGCAUACUAUGCUUUUUCCAUCUCAAUACAAGAUCCCCAGAUGAACCUUUCACGUGUUUCCUCCGUGAUUUCAUUACUGAAGACACCACCAGCUUGCUCCAGCACUGAAAAUGUAACAUGUCCGUUGUCCAUCAUUGCAUCUGAAUACAAGGAUGCCAAUUUGGGUUGUAAUGGUGCAGAAAUAAAUCUUCAAAGCUGCAGAGUGAUUUUAGGCUUCACCCAUGAAGUCCCGAUCUGUUCAGUGGCUGCAGCUGUGGUAAACCUGUUUCAGUCUGAAGAACAAAUACAUUAUAAUGGGCAAAUGAGACGAGCAGCAAUUUGUGGAAAUGUAGGGCUGGUCGACAACCCACUGGACUCCCAGUUCAUAUGGGUAGAAAGCAUCUUAAGGCCUGCUAACUUUUGUGCAGAAGAACAGGAGCCCAACAUCACUCAAACGUGUCAAAAUGGAACACAUGUGGUUGUGCAGCUGGAGGAGUGGUGCCAUGCUGGUGGUGCAUCUACCACAAUUAGUUCAAAUCUGACAACAAUCCAACCAACCAGCACCACCUUGUCUGCAAAUGUGACCCUGUUAACUGCAGCAACAAAAACAACACCACAAAACACAACAGGGGCCUUGAAUGUGACCACGUCUGCCUCUGCAGCCACAGUAUCUGCAACAAUCAACAAAACUUUGGCCACCACAAUUAAACCUGUUUCUGGAAUCCCUUCAGAGACUACAACUACCAAUGCAACGUCUGCUUUAGGUCAAGCCUAUGCACUGCUUGACAUGACGAGAGACACAUCCAAACUGACGGCCGAGCAAAUAGAUGAGCUGGUUUCUGAGCUGGAGAACCUUUUGUUGGGCCCAACCAUCAGCUUGGCGCUGGGAAACACCUCCAUCUACAUUGUCAGCAAUCUGCUGGGUGCUUCACCCGGGAAGCUGACAAAGUCCUCCAACAGGAUUAUAGGCAUCGUUGAUACAGUGGGGCUGAAGCUGGUCAUGGGAGAAAUCACUGAGAAUCUGUUGUCCCCAGAUGUCGCUCUGUCUAUUAAGCCAGUAGAUGGCACUAAUUUUCAGGAGACAAUUUUUUCCAUCUCAAGCUCCAGUAAUGUGCAGGUGCGUGGUAAUCCCAGAAUGAGAAGGAGUGUGAGAGAUCCCUCCAUACCUCAGGGCUCAGUCAGACUGCCCCCCUCCCUCACACAGGGGUUAAUCCCAGAGGAACAGCAGCUGGCCUCCAGAGUCCAGUUUAAUUUCUACCAGAGGAGCACAGUUUUCCAGGACCAAUCAAUGGGAGAUCGUAGACUGAUCAGUGGCAUUUUAGCAGCAAGUGUGGCUAAUCUAACAAUCAAAGGACUGCAAGACAAUGUUACAAUUAACCUGAGAAACACAGAAACAAUUCCAGCUAAUUCUGUACCAGUAUGUGUUUUCUGGGACUUUACAUCUAAUAAUGGUUCUGGUGGUUGGAAUUCAAAUGGCUGCACUGUUUUAAACAGUACAGAUAAUGAAACAGUUUGUAGCUGCAACCAUUUAACCAGCUUUGGUAUCCUGCUGGACAUCUCCAGAGAAUUUGAGAUCAGCCCCGUCCAGGCCACCAUCCUUAGCUUUAUCACAUAUAUCGGCUGUGGAGUUUCUGCCAUCUUCCUUUCAGUCACUCUCCUCACUUACUUGGCCUUUGGGAAAUUGCGUAAAGACAUCCCAUCCAAGAUCCUGAUCCAGCUGUGCCUGGCUCUUUUGCUGCUCAACCUGGUCUUCCUAGUGGACGCAUGGCUGGCACUCUAUCCGGAGGCUGUUGGGCUUUGCAUUUCCACUGCCUGGUUCCUCCACUACUUCCUGCUGGUGUCCUUCACUUGGAUGGGAUUGGAAGGCUUUCACAUGUACUUGGCUCUUGUGAAAGUCUUCACCAGCUAUGUGUCACGCUAUAUGUUGAAGUUCUCGCUGGUGGGCUGGGGCAUCCCCAUGAUCGUGGUCAUUAUUGUCAUUGCCAUUGACAAAGACAACUAUGGUCUUGUGUCCUAUGGAAAGUUUACCAACACCACCAGUGAUAACUUCUGCUGGCUGAAAAAUGACAUUGCCUUUUACGUGGCUGUGGUGGCCUACUACUGUCUGAUUUUCCUCUUCAACUUCAUCAUGUUCAUUUUAGUGCUGGUCCAAUUGUAUCGUAUAAAAAGGCAGAACCCUCACAACGUUCAGCAUCGCACGACCCUGCAGGAUGUGCGUAGCGUGAUUGGAAUAACCGUCCUCUUGGGCCUCACUUGGGGCUUUGCCUUUUUUGCCUGGGAGCCUGUUAACCUAGCGUUCAUGUACCUUUUUGCCAUCUUUAACUCUUUGCAAGGUUUCUUCAUAUUUGUGUUCCACUGUGCCAUGAAGGAAAGUGUGAGAAAGCAUUGGAGCACCUACCUGUGCUGUGGAAAAAUGAGACUGCUGGAAAACUCUGAGUGGAGUCACACUGCAACGCAAAAGAAGUACUCGCUGUCUAAAGUGACGUCCCUUCACUCCUCAAUGUUCUUGCAUGGCAACAACUCAUCCAGCUCCUCUUCCUUCCUUGUGAGCAACUCUUCAGAGCAGAUAAAUGGCAUUGGCAUUCCAUUUGAAGAUGUAGCAAUCACAGCUGAUGAAGGUUCAAACCAAUGAGAUCCCUGAUCCAAACAGACCAGAAUAACCUGAAUACUGACUCUUCACUGGAAAUGCUUGUAUAUAGAGUAAAUUAUGAGAUUAAUUUAUGUAUUAUCUAUCAAUAACACAUAUAGAUUAAAUGAUCUGUAAUGGGUGACACCCGACGUUACAAAUCAAACUUGAUCCACGGUUGUGAUUUCCUUUCAGGGACAAAUAAAGUAUUAUUGAACUGAAUUACAUUUUUAAAUGCAGCACUCUUAUCCUCAACAAUUCAGUCCAACAUGCUGGUUCCUUUUUUUUUUUACCUUGUCUGCACACAUAUUAAUGGUUGAUACCAUGCUGGUAAAAACCUAAGGCACAUAUAUGUGCAUUGUUACUAUACUUAAUAUAUAUGCAUAUAUAUAUAUAUAUAUAUAUAUAUAUAUAUAUAUAUAUAUAUAUAUAUAUAUAUAUAUAUACGCAUACAUACUGCUAAACCAGGAAGCAAGAAGCAAGAACACAUGGAGGCACACGUCGAGCACUGGAAAUCUGCAACAGAAACCACAAACGAAACACGAAACCGACAUGGAGCCGACCAAAACACAAGCAGCAAUCGACCCAAAUCUCAAAAUCAAAUCACAGUCUGAGCUAAGCUACCGCUAACUAACCCCAAAAACUACAGAGCAAGCAUGCAGGUGAACAAGCCAGUGUGUGUGUGUGUGUGUGUGUAUAUGUCUGAGUGGCUGUGUGUGUGUGUGUGUGUGUGUGUGUGUGUGCGUGUGUAUAUAUCUGUGUGGCUAUGUGUAUGUAUAUGUGUGGCUAUCUGUGUGUAUGUAUGCAUGUAUGAAUAUAUGUAUAUGUGUGUGUGUCUACGUGAGUGUAAUAAUUCUAUCAAAGCUCCACCUGAAGUGUAU